CAGAGAAAAGAGUUGCUAGGAACUAGCGGCUCGUGCCCUUCGUCUCACGGUGCAGUCUUGAACGAUCCUCCAGAAAGCGAGGCGACGAGGACGAGGACUGUGGCUCGGUCUGCACUGAGAUUACACGGCGGCGAAAAAUGUCAAAGCCGUCUGUGCGGAGACAAAGAACCAGCAGAAUACGGCAGCCCAUCACAUGUCCAAGUCCGUCGGGUAAGUGGAGAUUAG